ACCCCCACCCCCGCCCGGUCCGCGCCGCCGCCGCCACUGCCGCCGCCGCCGCCUGCCCAGCGGCCCGGGAGGCGGAGGCGCGGGGGAGGAGGCCCCGCUCGGCUCCGCAGUCCCGGAUGCUGCAUGACUUCAUCCUUCCUCCGGCUCCCCCGCUGAACUAGGGCCGGUCCGGCAGCGAGCCCGCCGCCCGCCGCCCCGCUGCAGCCCCGCGCGCGCCCCGCGCUCGCCAUGUCCGAGAUCCUCCCCUACAGCGAGGACAAGAUGGGCCGCUACGGCGCCGACCCCGAGGGCUCCGACCUCUCUUUCAGCUGCCGCCUGCAGGACACCAACUCCUUCUUCGCGGGCAACCAGGCCAAGCGACCCCCCAAGCUGGGCCAGAUCGGUCGAGCCAAGCGAGUGGUGAUCGAGGAUGACCGGAUAGACGACGUGCUGAAAGGGAUGGGGGAGAAGCCGCCGUCCGGAGUGUAGACGCCUCGGUUUGGGCGUCGGGCUCCGGGCCCAGCCCCACAGCGGCCAGGAGCGCGGGCCGGCGAUGAGGCUGCCGGCGCUCCCCGCCCCGGCCCAGGCGCCCGCAGGCGGGGGCUGCAGGGCCGCGCCACCACCGGGCCAGUGUUGCCGCCGCCGCUGCCAGGCACUCCGGAGCUGUCCGCUUCAGCACCACGGCAGCGGGGCCGGUGGCAGCGGCGCGAGGGCAACUGGAGCCCGCCACCGCCGCGCUCAUGCACUUUAGAACCUCGGGCCGCAGCCCCACCCCGCACACCGGAACGGACACCGAGACCCGAGGCCCGCAGCCCCAGGCCCACCCCCUCCCGCACGGCUCCCUUGCCCUGCCCCCUCCGGCCAGUCCGGUCUGCAGACCCAGCUACGGGGUUGGACCGAGCAGCCAGGGACGUUUGGCUGCACAUCUGCAUGAGCUUCUCACCCACCAGCCCAGCCCUCUGGGCCAUCCCCACCCUCACCCCAUCUGGCGUGACCCUGGCUUCUUUCUAAGGGACUUCCUUGGCACAUUUGUAUUUUUAUAUCCAAUUCUUUGUUUACUGGCUCUGCUCCUAGUCCCCCCGCCCCAGUCUCUAAUGUGCUCUUCUGCGCCUGGCAGAUAGGACAGCUGUUGAGGCUGGUGUGGGACAACCCCCCCCCCAACAGUAACCAACCACAUGGCCACACUGCCCAGGCCUGACCCCCCAGGAGGCUCUCUGGCAGACCUCCAUCACCUCAAGGUACCACCUUCUAAGGGCCCAAAUCUGAUUUUACCGUGGACCCCUUCUACCCCUGGGAACCCAAGUGGGGGCUGCUCUGCACCUUUGGGUGACACCUGUGGCCCUGGAGAUGUUCUCAACCCAGGGGUGUCCUUUGUAAAAUGUUCCUCCAUGCUCACUGUACAAGUGUGUGAAUAAACACAGCCCUCCCUGUG